GUCUCCUCCCACAUCUCCUUUCGUGAGUUCUCCACCAAGUAGAUCUAGGUAGCCCUCUUCUUCACGUAGCAUUGGUUCUUUGAUUUUCAACUUUCUUCAUUCUUUUCCCUCUUUCUUUCUUUUUCUUUUCCUUCUUUGCCUCUUCUCCCCUCUUCUUCCUUCUCUUCCUCCCUCCUUGAUCUGUUGAAGGAGAACCCAAAUUUAGAUUCUCUAAGAGAAUCUGUGGGAUCUCAAAAAGAAUCUAGAUCUAGGUUUUCUUAGGGAACCCAUGGAUUUUCAAGAAGAAUCAUUAAUUUCUAGUUUGGUUGAGGGUGAUGGUGAAGCUAAGUUCUUCUGACCUCACUGGUCACUGUUGAAGGAUCCACUAUUUUUUUUUUGGAUGGCGAGGUCUAGGUUUAGAGCGCGAGACGUCAGGACUUGGGACGGCGGCAACUCCAGACGGCAGCAAAGGCAGCACCGGUGGAAUAGGGAGUCUGGGAAUUCGAGGCAGGGACAGUCGUUCUUCUUUUAUAAUUUCCCGGAAGAUUGGGACGCAAAGGCUUUGUGGAAUCGGUUUCAAGAGUGCGGAAGGGUCGAAGAUGGGUUUGUACUGGCAAAGAGGGACAAAUGGGGAAAAAGGUUUGGGUUCGUCAGAAUGAUAGGGGUGCAGGACGUUCAACAAUUGGAAGGGAGAAUGAAUCAGAUCUGGAUUGGUUCUUAUAAGCUUCGGGUAAAGGUAGCCAUCAACAGGGGGCAAAAUGGAAGAGGAUAUCAGAAGACAGCCGAGAGGACGGGUAGGAUCAGGGAGCAGAGUUUCGUCAAACCAGGGAGGACUUAUGUGCAGGCGGUUAAGGAAUCCUCUGCGAGAUUAGUGGGAGCCCAGGUCUGGAGGAAAACAGUAGGGGUGCAGGAGAGAGAGGAUCCCGUGGAUAGGGCAUCCAUUGCUAUUGGGAAGCCUUUGGAACUCGAGGCUGUUAGAUCCGAUGAAAAGGUAGGUGGAGCUAUGGUUGGACAGUCGACAGAGAGGAUCAUUGAUUUUUCGCCAUCCAAAGAGGAGAAUAAGUGGUUGGAAGGGAGUGUUGUAGCAGUAGUGAGAUCGAUGUCAAUGAUUUCCAACAUUCAAGAGAGAAUAGACAUUGAUGGAGGUUUGAUUAAUUUAUCUCCAUUAGGAGGGAGGAGUGUAUUGUUGACUGAACGUGUGGAAGGCUAUUUGAGUGAGUAUAUUCAGCAUAACUCGGAAUCAUUUGCAGUUUGGUGUGAGGUUAUCUAUCCCUGGGAUAUGGCUCCUUUGAAUAAUUGUAGAAUGGUCUGGUUGAGAAUCUCUGGUGUUCCUCUGAGAGCAUGGUCUGACAGAUGUUUUGAAUGGAUAGCAGAUACGGUGGGGGAAGUGGUAAUGCUUCAUGCAGAUACCAAAUCCAAAGCCAUAUUGUGUGAUGGCAGAGUUUUAGUCUUGUGUGCUGAAAAGCAUAAAGUUUCAAAGACCAUAAAGCUGAAGGUGGCGGAGAAGAUGUAUGAAAUCACGGAGGAUUCGGAAGUGAUGGCCUCCGUGAUCCGUGGCGAUGAUGAUGCUGAUAUUGAAGAUGAGUUAAUGCAGGAGAAGGGAAUUUUGAAUUUUAAUGUUGAAGAAGUAACGGCAGCCAAGAAAUGGGACAGGGAGGAAGAAACUGGGCCUCUUAUGGAAUCGGGUGUGAGGCUGGACUCUAUGUGUGGGCUGAAAGUAGGGGCUGGGCCAGUUGUGUGUGAAUCCAAAAGGCAGGCAUUAGGUGGAUUGGGGGCCAAUUUAGAGGCGGGUAAGACAGGAGAUCCGAAUGGUGCAUCGGAUGGGGAAAUGAAUAAGAUGAGUUUCGCUGAGAUCUCACAGAGUGCAGCAGCAGUCGGUGACGCAGCAGCAGCUGCCGGUGACGUAGAAGCAGCAGACGGUGACGCAACAGCAACAGACGGUGACGCAGCAGCAGCGGCCGGUGACGCAGUUGCAGCAGCUGGUGACGCAGAUGCAGCAGCCGGUGACACAGCAGCAGCAGAAGGUGACACUGGAGCAGGGUGCUGGCUGCUCUUCGUUGAUAAUGAAGAGGAGGUACAGUCGAGGCUAUUAGAUCUGGAGAUCCGGGAUUGUGAGCAAGGGAAGGAAUCGUGUGGUGCCUCUGGGGGUUUAUUGUGUAUAUGGAAUCGUUUUGAGUUUGUUAAACAUGGGGUAUUCUCGGGUGAUGGGUUUGUGAGGAUUAAAGGAGAAUGGGGACCAAAGAAGUUGAAGUGCAGUUUUGUGAAUGUUUAUGCUUCCAAUGACAAGCAAAAGAAAAUGAGAAUGUGGAAUGAACUUCGGCAAAUGAUAAUGGAAGAGGAGGGGAGAUGGAUGAUGGCAGGGGAUUUUAAUGCAGUUAGGAAUUCCAAUGAGCGGAAGGGUAGGAUAGGGGAGACUCAGGAUAUGAGGGAGUUUGAUGAUUUUGUUGUGUCAUCUGGGAUGGUAGAUCUGCAAUUGGCAAAUAGACGGUUUACAUGGUAUCGACCAGAUGGGUCUUCUAUGAGUCGUUUGGAUAGAGUCCUAUUGUCUGGCGAGAUGUACAGUUCGGGAAAGGGAUGGGUGCAACUUGGACUGAAGAGGACGGUGUCUGAUCAUUGUCCUAUUAUGGUCAAGACAACAGUAGCUGAUUGGGGACCAAAACCGUUUCGUGUUUUGGAUGCUUGGCAACAGCACCCGCAAUUCAAAAAGGCGAUUGAAGAUAAAUGGAAGGAGCUUGAUGAGGAAGGAUAUGCGGGAUAUAGAUGUAAACAGAAGCUUAAGAGGUUGAAGGAAUUUUUAAAAGAAUGGAAUAAGGAGAACGAAGUGGAGGAAUUGGCGGAGGAGGAGGUGGAUAUAAGAAAGGAAGGUUUCCAGCAGCUAUGGGAUAUUUUGUGGAAAAGGGAGGCGAUUUGGAAGCAAAAAUCUAGAAGUGAUUGGGCAAAAUUGGGGGAUCAGAACACGAGAUUCUUUCACAAAAUUGCAAACGGGAGGAAGGCGCAAAACGGUAUCUCGGGAUUAUGGUCUAAUGGACAGUGGGUAGAGGACCCGGAGAUGGUGAAGGUUGAAAUGGUGAGAUACUUCCACAAGAUGUUUCAAGAAGAAGGUUGGAACCGUCCCAAACCUUCAAAUCUGGUUUUUUGGAGAAUAUCUGAAGAUCAGAAGGAGUGGCUUGAAAGGCCUUUCACGGAGGAGAAGAUUGAAGAAGGCUUGAAGAGCUGUGAAGGAAGUAAAGCUCCGAGACCUGAUGGGUAUAACUUUAAUCUCAUUAAGUUCAUCUGGAGUAGUGUCAGAGAAGACUUUAUUGCUUUUUUUCGGGAUUUCCAUCAAAACAGCAGGUUAGUGAGGGGUUUGAAUUCUUCCUUCUUUACAUUAAUUCCGAAGAAACUGAGCCCUAAGGAACUAAAAGACUUUAGGCCUAUUAGUUUGAUUGGAUGUAUGUAUAAGUUGCUAGCGAAGGUGUUAGCUAAUAGGCUUAAGGAGGUGAUGCCGGGGAUUAUUAGCGAAACGCAAUCGGCUUUUGUAGGAGGAAGACAAUUGGUUGAUAGUGUUGUGGUGCUAAAUGAAGUUGUGGACAAGGUUCGCAAGAGGAAGAAUCCAGCUUUUGUUUUUAAGGCUGAUUUUCAAAAAGCUUAUGAUUGUGUUAAUUGGUCGUUUUUGGACUGGAUGCUGGGAGCGUUUGGUUUUGGUGAUAAAUGGAGGGGGUGGAUUAUGGAGUGUUUGUCUAUGGCUAGGGUAUCGAUAUUGGUAAACGGUAGUCUGACCAAGGAGUUUGAAAUGGGGAAAGGACUCAGGCAAGGAGACCCUUUGUCUCCUUUUUUAUUUCUGAUGGUUGUAGAGGCAUUGAAUGGAUUGGUUAAAAAAGCAGAAAAUGAAGGCAUGUUCCAAGGGAUAAAGGUGGGUAGGAGGGGGUUGGCGGUAUCUUUGUUACAAUUUGCGGAUGACACAGUUAUCUUGGGUGAGGCAAGCAAAGAAAAUAUUCUUACGGUAAAAGCUAUUCUGAGGUGGUUUGAGUUGAUGUCGGGGUUGAGGAUUAAUUUCAGCAAGAGUUGUGUUCCGGAUUUGCGUAGGAGGAAUUGGGCGCUUUUAGGGAAAUGGUGGUAUAGGUUAGGGGAUGGAAGGGAGGGGUUGUGGAAAAGGGUAGUGAAAGAGAAAUUUUACGAGGGUAAGCAAGAGGUGGGUAUGAUUGAUGUGGUGAGUUUGAGGGUAUCGCAGAUUUGGGGAGAUAUCAUUAGAAUAGGGGGAAAAUCGGAGAAGCUCAAAAAUAUGUUAAGGCAUGGGUUCCGGUGGGAGGUGGGGGAGGGUUGUCGAGUGUGCUUUUGGAGAGAUAUUUGGGUGGGGGAUAAAUCACUAAGAGAUUUAUUUCCAAGGUUGUUUCAACUAGCUAUCAACAAGGAAGGUACGGUCAAGGAGAAUGGUUUAUGGGAAGGAGAAAGGUGGAAAUGGGGUAUAGAGUGGAGGAGAGAGAGGAUGGGACGAGAGAAAGAUGAGGAGCAGGGGUUGGGGGUGGUGUUGGCGAAUUUAAAGUUAAGGAAAGGAAUGGCAGAUUUAUGGAGAUGGAGGCAUGAUGUAGAAGGGAGGUAUGCUGUCAAGAUAGCAUAUGAAUUCUUAGCCCCUGAGGAACGUUUGCUUGAGGGUCAAUUGUGUAAUUUAAUAUGGUGCAAGCUGGUGCCUUCAAAAGUGGGGUUUUUUGGGUGGAGGUUGUGUCUCGACUGGCUUCCGACAAGAUGGAAUUUGUGGAAGAGAGGGGUGAUGUUACAAGGGGAAGGUAUGGUGUGUGGGCUUUGCAAAGAGGGUGUGGAGGAUGUUAAUCAUUUGUUCUGCACAUGUAAAGUAGCUUGGUUAGUAUGGAUGAAGGUGUUUAAAUGGUGGGGUGUGGAGGUAGUAAUGCCGGGUACAGUGAGGGGUGUGGUGGAUUUCUUUUUGUGGUGUUGGGGGAGUGUGGGGGGAAAGGAAUUGGGAGCAUGCAUGUUUUUGGUCACAUCUUGGUAUUUAUGGUUUUGGCGGAAUAGUUUGGUAUUUAGGAAUAAUGGGGAGAUGAAAGAGCAAUUGCUGGAGUUAAUUCAAGUGAAAUCUUAUUUAUGGAUUAGAAAUAAGGUGAAUGGGUGUGUUUUUUCAUUAGCUCAGUGGCAAAGUAAUCCUAAGGAAUGUGCCAAGGAGUUGAAGAGUUUCAAGAAAUCUCUCAAAUUGUUCACGAAGCAACAGCAAAAUCAUAGUCCCCUGUAGAGAGCAUUGGCUGUAUGGUUGUUUUCACGGAAGGCUGUAAGAGGCAGUGGCUAUCUGGUCUUUAGUUUAAUUGCUUGGGUUGUCAUUAUGGGUCUGUAAGGGAGUGUCCUUUUUGUUUUUAUUGGGUGGUUAAGCAUUUUUUCUCUUUGUAGAAGGGCAGGAGUACCCCUUGUGCUCCAUUAAAUAAAUAAAAAUUUUGUUU